AGAUGACUCAAUGAUGCGAACAGCAUCGCAAUUGGAACACCAAAUCACACAACCCUGGUGGAUGACAUUAAUUAACGAUUGAAAGCACCUUUCGUGAAAUUCGUACUCCUUUUCCGGCCGUGACGAUGGCUUCUCUAGACCUUUCGCGACCGACCCUCUUCACACCUGAGGAUCUGGAGUCCAGACCAGCAUUACUCGAUGAUAUUACGGGCCUAAUAAACGAUGCUUUCACAAGGUCAAAACUCUCAGAACCAGAAAAAUGGGAAGGCGCACAUCGCAAACGAUUUCCAAAUCAUGAAACAUAUCUCGAAAUGCUGGGUGACGAAGGCGUUGUAACUGCUAUAUUCGAUGACAGCAAGAUCGUUGCUGUCGCGGCUGCAGUACCUUGGAAAGGUGGCUGGAAGAAGGAGGGUGCUGAUGUUGAAGACGGAUGGGAAAUCAAGGCGGUCGCGGUACACGGUAAUGCAAAAUACUUACAUCGCGGUCUUGCUGUGCAGCUAUACACAUCCUCGGAGCAGUGUCUUGUUCAUAAAGAAAGGAAAAAACUCUUGACGACGAAAGAUGUAGGAAGUACAAUAACUGGGCAUGUCUCACUUUGGAUCUUGGCAGCGGAGUGCAUCAACGGAGCGUAUUGGCGAAAAAGAGGAUAUCGCGAGGUUCGAAGAGAUACAUGCGGUCCGGGGACUUGGGGAUGUUUGACGAGCUUUGAGAUGGUUGUCUUACAGAAAGAACUGACUUUCGACCUGGACAUGAGUUUCUAAAAGGGAGGAUUUGAACCUUGGAGUGAAGACGCAUCGCGCUGCCAAUUUGCGACUACCAGUUUGCGAGAAUGGCAGCACUUUAGUUGCACGUGUUGCUUGCUCAUACAGAGAUACUAUUUAGAUGUCGCAGAAUCUGACUUCG